AUGGAAAAUCAGAUCAAUUCAACAAAUAAAAUCUCAUACGAACUCAUUGCAUAGAAAUAGCUUCCUUAAAUUAGUUCUUGUAAUGCUAUUGCUAUUGAAACUAAAAAUUCUAUAGUAGUCAUUGCAGAAGAAUCAAGAAUAAUAAUAUAUUCAUUCAAAUAUCAUUCAUUAAAAAAAAUUAAGUAAUUCAAAAUAAAUUCUGGGAAUAUUAAUACAUUAAAUUUCUUCAAACAUAGAUAAAACUUUAUAUCUGGAUGUCAAAAUUCAUCUAUUUACAUAUGGCCAAUUAAUAUGAUAAUGACAUCUAAAUACAUUUAAAAAUUAAAAGCAAAUUCAGGUUCUACUCUUUGUUUGUGUAUUUCUAAAUCAGAGGAUCAAGUCGUGACUGGACAUUAUUAAAAUACAAUCAAAAUUUGGAGUUAAAUUGAACAAAAUUCAUAAGAGUGGUCUUGCUUAUAAAAUUUAGUUGAUCAUACAGGAGCAGUUUAUGGAUUGUCUAUGAGUGAGUAUUAAAAUAAAAUAAUAUCUUGCUCAAAUGAUUAAUAAGUUUUAGUUUAUUAAUUUUCAUAACAUUAUUGUAAAUGGAUUUUACAAUAAAUAAUUUAAAAAGAUGGUUUGCGUUUAUGCUUUAUUACUAAUGAUAUCUUUGUAUUUCAACCUUAUGCAGCCAAUUAUCUAUCAAUAUAUAUAUUUGAAGUUAGAUCUGAAAAAUUUAUAAGCACAGAAAAAGUCUAGAUUUAAGAAGGAGGUUAAUUUUGUAACGAAUUUUUUCCAUGUAUUUACAAUCCUAAAAAAGGAAUUAUAUUUACUAAAAGUAGUUACAAUUUAAAUAUUUUAAAUUGUAAAUUUUAAUAAGACUUUUUAUUUAAAGAAUAAUAGCUAAUUGAAAUAAUUUUAAAUGAUGUAAUUGAUUUUGGUGAUGAAUAUUUUUGUGGAUCAAUAAGCGAUGAUGGGGAAUAUUUAUUUAUUUGGAAUAAUGAGUUAAAAGAAAUUUCAAUAAGAAAGUAUAAAGAGGAGUGA